AUGGUUGACUGGCGCGCCGUUGCGAAAGAAAGACGAGCCGUGCAGGCCGCGCUCAUCCCGCCCGCGCUUCGCCUCGAGAGCAUCCCUGAAGGUCUCGUCAACGCCGUUGAAUACGUCGAGUCCUGUGGACUGCUGUCAGAGGAAGAGCUGCAACUAACGAGCAUCACCGACGCGCGCGUCUUGAUUGACAAGCUUACGUCCGGCUCCGUCUCGAGCGUGAGGCUCACGACUGCCUUUAUUAAGCGGACGGCAAUCUUGCAGCAGCUGACUGGCUGCUGCACCGAAAUCUUUUUCGACGAAGCGCUCAAGCGGGCGGAAGCGCUCGACAAGCACCUGGCUGAGACCGGCAAGUUCAUUGGGCCUUUACACGGAGUUCCAGUCUCGGUGAAAGAUGGGUUCGAUGUCAAGGGCGUGGACACCACUGUCGGCUGGGUCGGACUCGUGGGCAAACCAGCCCCAGAGAACGGCCCCGAAGUCGAGGCCCUGCUCAAGCUCGGAGCAGUCAUCUACUGCAAGACCAACAUCCCGCAGUCACUGAUGAUGGCAGACUCGUACAACCACGUCUUCGGACAGUGCGUCAACCCCUUCAACCGCAACCUCAUCUCGGGCGGCAGCUCCGGCGGCGAAGGCGCCCUCGUCGGCGGCCGCGGCAGCGUGCUCGGCAUGGGGACGGACAUCGGCGGCUCCAUCCGCAUCCCGGCCUGCCUCCAAGGCCUCUACGGCCUCUGCCCGACCAUCGGCCGCAUCACAUUCCUCAAGUCGGCGUGGGACCAGGAAUACAUCGUCCCCCCAGUCGCCGGCCCGCUCACCCACAGUCUCGACACGCUGGAGUACUACAUGGAUAGCUGGCUGGGCACGAGUCCGUGGAACGCCGACCCCCGCAUCUUCCCGAUCCCGUGGCGCAAGGAGCUGGCAGCGCCGCCGCAGCGCCCGUUGAAAUUGGCUUUCAUCUUCGACGACGGGUUCGUCAAGCCGCAGCCGCCCGUGGCGAGGGCGAUUCGAGAGGCUGCCGAUAAGCUGAAAGCUGCGGGCCAUGAAGUCGUCGAGUGGGACACCAAGCUGCACGAAGAAGGCUUGCGGCUGUGGGUCAAGGCCAUCGUGGCGGACGGCGGGAAGAGUUGCAGAGACCACUGCACGAUCAUCGGCGAGCCGCUGAUCGAGGGCAUGGUCGUCGGCCAGGAAAAAGACUUUCUCGAGAUUCCGGAGCGGCAGCAGCUCUCCGCCGAAAAGCUGAAGUACGAAAAGGCCUUCCUCGCGCAGUGGAACGCCGAGGGCAUCGACGCCAUCGUCCUGCCCGUCCUCCCUUGGGUCAAUUACCGCCCGAAGACCUGGGUCAAGAGCAACCCGUGGCUCGGGUUCACGGCGCUGUGGAACCUGCUGAACUACACGGCGCUGGUCGUCCCCGGCUCGCGUGCUGAUGCCGCGCUCGAUCAGCCCGGGGAUGAUUGGAAGAACCACGUGCCGCGUAACGAAUCGGACAAGUUCAAUCAUGAGCAAUACGAUAUCAACUUGGUGAAUGGGAUGCCUGUCGGGCUGCAGCUCGUUACGGGCAGAUUCGGGGAGGAGAAGGCUGUUUCCAUUGCGAAGGUUAUUGCGAGCCUGAAGUAA